GCGUCUCGCUCAUGGUUACCGUCGCAGUUAGCCAAACAGCUGCUGUUUAUCCUCCUGAAAUCGUCUUUAAUAGCGUGUAUACCUCUACAGAUUUGACAGAAAGCACACCAGAUAUGUUCAGCGACGGCUGCACGGCAAGUAUUGUUAUUGAGGUUGUGGAUCAAUGAGCUCCAGAAAGUCUGUGAAGAUGGGUGAGGAUCUGGCAAGUGAAAGUGAUCUGCUGUCAAUGAUCAGCGAGUAUCUGAGGUUUGCUGAGCUUGAAGAGACUGCGAGAGUGUUUGAAAAGGAACUCAAGUGCAAAGGCAAACCUGUCCUCAGAAGUGCAGCACACUCCCGGCGAGACUCCAAAACCCUCGGCGUUCACGAGGAUUUUCUCAGCUCUUUUAAUGAUGGCGACUAUAAGGUAUUCUCGGAGCUGUGGGCUAAAACCAUUCCUCUGGAGAUUCGGGACUUUGAUCCAGUAGCUCAGAAACUGGAAUUCCACUUACAAAUUCAUUUUACAAUAUACCCACUGAAAUCAGCUGUAGGAAGUCACGAUAAAGGAGAGUUUGACAGCAGGAUCACACAUUUCAAGCACUAUCUGGAGACCAGAGGGGCGGCACUGAGCCAGACCACCGAGUUCCUGCCGUUCUACGCUCUGCCGUUUGUGCCCAAUCCCACAGUACACCCGUCCUUCCAGGAGCUUUUCCAGGAUUCCUGGAUGCCAGAGUUGAGAGAAAGCCUAGACAAGUUUCUCUCAGUGACUCUGAAAGCUUCAAACACGCCGAGGCUUCUGACCUUAUAUAACGAAGGUGGAAAGGGCAACAAAGAAGCGAUUCAGCAAAUGCAGCUCCAUCUGACCGAGGCGGAAAGGAAGUCGGCCAUCCACAUGAGGAGAUUCGCUAAGCUGCAGGCCGACCAUCACAGCCUCAUCGGCGUCACAGCCGAGCUGGUGGAUUCACUGGAGGCCACAGUCCGCGGAAAGAUGAUCUCCCCAGAGUACCUGCAGGGUGUGUGCAUGCGGCUCUUCAGCGGUCACAUGAGACAGAGUGCAGCUCAGAGCGUGGACUUCACCAGACCUGGCACUGGAUAUUACUCUAUGAGUCCUUAUGAUGAUGGAUAUGCUUCCUCAAUGCUGCGGGCAUCAGUCGCACCUCAGAGGCCCAAAGACGUGCCGCUGUUGCCUUCCCUUGACUACGAGAAGCUGAAGAAAGACCUAGUGAAUGGAUCAGAUCGACUGAAGGCUUUGCUGCUUCAAGCUUUGCGCUGGAGGUUAACCAGAUCUCUACAUGGUGAGCAAAGGGACACGGUUUUGCAAGCCUUCAUCAGCAAUGAUCUUCUGGAGCGCUACAGUUCCAAACAGAAAUCUGUUCUUCAUCUGAUGAAAUCCAAAAAUGAGAUUGUCAGACAGUAUAUGGCACGGCUCAUCAAUGCCUUUGCCUCUUUGUGUGACGGACGCAUGUACCUGUCUCAGAUACCCUCUUUACUGAGGUUUCUGCUCGACUGUCUGAAGACUGAAGAGAAAGAGUCUGUAACUCGAGAAAAUGUGCUUGCAGCACUGCAGAAACUCAGCCUCAGGCGAGCACAGCAGUCUGCUAUGAUCAGAGACGGUCUGAUUGGCUGGUUGGUCAAAGAGCUCCACGACUCCGACUAUCUGUCUGACUACACGCUUGAAUAUGCCAUCUCCCUCCUCAUGAACCUCUGCCUGCGCACUCAAGGAAAGAAGAAAUGCGCAGAGGAGGCCAAGCAUGUCCUGAAAGUCCUGACGGAGCUCCUGGGACAUGAGAACCAUGAGAUACGGUACUAUGUGAAUGGAGCUUUAUACAGCAUCCUGUCCAUGCCAGAGAUACGAGAGGAAGCCAAACAGAUGAGUAUGGAGGAGAUCUUAUGCUGUUACAGUAAAGAAGAAAAUCCUGAACUCAACAGACAAAUUGAAUUCAUCAUCAAACAGCUUAACUCAGCGGACAUCUCUGGACAUGAGCCUGAGUCAGAUGGUGAAGAGGAUGACGACGACGAGGAAGAUGUUAUGGAGGCAGAUCUAGAUAAAGAGGAAGUCCUGCAGCCUCACCCGAAAGAGCUCAGCGGAGAAUCUUUGCUGGCAACAGAGUAUCUCGGGAUAAUGACCAACAUGGUGAAGAUGAAGAGGAGAUCAUAUCCUCCAUCAUCUCGCAGCAUAGACGAGCCACUCCAGCGGCCCGUUACGCCCAGCUCCCACAAAAACACCAUAGCUGGUGGUGAUGGAGCCUACGCUGUCACCCGACAGAGAAGUGAAGAUAGCCCCGCCCACUCACGCUUUAGUUCCCGCCCACCGACUCGCACUGGCAGCCGCCCCAGCACUGCUGAAUCCAUCCACCAAACCCUGGCAACCAUUCAGAACACCCUAGCAACCACAUAG